AUGUCCAACGCUUUGCCGUAUCUGCAGAAGCUGCGCAAGUCCCAGCUAGUGGACUGGGCGGAGGCUACUGACCUCAAAGAUUACGAGGACUUAAAUAAACCCGAGCUGGUCACCACUCUCGACGAUCAUCUCCAAUCCAACCAGUCUAUCUUCGCGACCGACGACCGUCUGGCUGAAUACUACCGCCGCCUGUCGCAAAGCCCUCGUUUGUCGCCCACGAAGAGGGAGCCGAAGUUGGAGUCGCCGACAAAGGUGUCGCCGACCAAGUUGGAGGCUCCCAGGUCGGUGCGUCGUGGACGCAAAGCAAAGGAGGAGAUCGAACAGACAGAUGACUCCGAUGUGUCGCCGCAAGCCAUUGCGACAACCACGCCCGGUCGCAGCCCGUUAGUGACCGUUCAGCCGCCAUUGCCGCCAUCUCCGGCUGUUGUGACCGAUGCGAUUGACCGCCAGACUGCCGCCUGGGGCGAGCGCAUUGGCGACGCGUGGACCGCAUUAGGCGUCCGGGAGCGCUCGCAUGCGUUGCGCUCGAUCUUGAGUAGCGCCAAGGCCGUGGAGAUUCUGUUCGUGGCCCUCGAGGGGGCCGGUCUCUUCCGGACCCUCCUGCCGCUGGCGUAUGUGGCCACCGUUCCGGCCGUCGAGGCCAUCAACUCUCCCGAAAUCCCUAUCAGCGUUCCGGAUCUUUUCAAGCUGGUGGAGGGCACAUUCUGGGCGCCGCUCUCGCUCUGGCUCCUCACCAGCCUGUUCCUGCCAUUGACCGCCGCCUACUUCUUCAACCUGAGCGGGCAGACGAGCGGAGGCCCGGCCUUGAAUACGCGCCGAAACCGUGCCGCUCAGGCUACUUUCGAUCCUCUAAGCUUCAACAUCGCCAAGGCAUUGAUCUCGUAUCUAGUGUAUGCGAAUCGGUUUACGUUCUGGAAUGUCUUCAGCGACGCGUCUAUCGCCACAGUGAACGAGUCUGUUCCCGGACAAUGGGCCGGCAUCCUGACUGGGUCGGCCAUCGGAACGAUCGGGACUCUGUACGAAGCCAUUUUGAAGAAGUAA